UCCCCUCUCUGUUCGGGGCGUGGAACGGGGCGGGUAGCUCCAUCAUUUCUCUCCCUCCACUCUCUCUCUCUCCCCUCUGUCUCUCUCUCAUCAGAGAUCUGUCACCGGCAUUUCCUUCUCUCUCUUUCUUCCCCUCGAAUUCCUCUCUCUGUAACUACAUCCAUGGCGGACGCCACCACCGAGCAACCCUCGACCCCGUCGACUAAAUACUCGACCAAGACGACGCCGCACAUUAUCCACCCACGGAGAGAGCCCUUCGAGCACGGCCUCCUCCCCAUACCGAAGCUCAUCUUCACCGACCCCACCCAGACCCUACUCUCCCUCAAGAAAACCCUAUCCCACCGAGUCGACUCGCUCGCCCUGUCCGAGGCCCUCCAGAUCCCGCCCGACCACGCGCGGCUCAUCGUCGACACGAUCGCCGCCGUCCAUUACUCCGAUUGCGAUAUCGAGGCGGGCAGCAGAGUCGAUGUGUGUGAUUUGAUUCUGUUUUUGUUUGUUCAGUCGUAUAAGAGGUUGCUGCCGAGGACGCACAAGGACUCGGCUGCGGUGGCGGACGUGUGGCCGUCGACGUCGGCGUUCGAUGGCUAUUUGUCGGCUCUUUCGCCAUUGCAGCUUGUGCGUAGCAAUAGCCGUCGUUUUGUGCCUUCACAAGCUGAUGAGGAGGUUCAUCAGUUAUCCUAUUUGCAGAAGCACUUGGCCAACAUUCUGACUCUUCUGGCAGAUUCUGUGGAAGGAGAAGGGGAAGAAUCUCAGGUUUUGACAUUAAAAAAGUUUGAGCACCUUGAGUUUCUAAUUUAUUUUGGUGAAAAAGGAUCAGAAAGAAUUCCUUUGGGCCAGGCUGCUCCAUUUUUUGCUAACUCAGAUCCUGAAAUGCCUGCUGCUCCGGUUCCUGCAAGUCAAGUUCAUGAUUGGCUUCUAGAGAAGAUGGCCUCUGCUUUUGAACAUAUUUGUGAGAGAGUUCCUCCAAAAGAAAAUGGGCUACCCAAUGCCUCCGACCAGGAUGUUUCUAUGGCUGAUGCCUCUGCAAGUUCGAUCAAGGCCUCGACAAGUGCAAGGGGUCCUAGCUUUAUUGAGGGAAUCUCCAAAUCAUCAUAUGUAAAGCAAGCAUCUGAUCUGAAUGGAUCUUCAGUGAAGGUUGUGAAUUGCCAUGAUUCCGUCAUUUACGUUUUAGCACCUUUGAGAUAUGCCACCAUCUAUGGAUGCUCUGAUGCAACCAUAGUUCUCGGAGCUGUUGGCAAGGCGGUAAGAGUUGAACAUUGUGAGCGGGUUCAGGUCAUCGUGGCAGCAAAACGUAUUUGUAUUGCCAAUUGUCGCGAGUGUGUAUUCUACUUGGGCGUAAAUCAACGACCUCUUAUUGUUGGUGACAACCAUAAAUUGCAGGUGGCACCCUAUAACACAUAUUACACACAAUUGGAGGAGCAUAUGAACCAAGUUGGCAUUCAGGCAACUAUAAACAAAUGGGAUGAAUCUCUGGCAUUGGGAGCAGUUGAUCCACACGAUUCAUUAUCUCAUCCUGCUGGCGAAUCUGAUGUUCAAGCUGAGUCUGCUAGCCGCCUGGAUCCUGAUCAGUUCACUAAUUUUUUGAUUCCGAACUGGUUUGAAGGUGAAUCCUCUGGAUCAACAAAAGUCAACCCAUUUCCAUUACCAGAUGCUUAUAUGGCGUCUCAGCACAGAAACCACAAUAACUUGGGGGAGAUUAAGCAGAUUUUGAGGGAAACACAACUUGAAGAAAGUCGGAAGCGUGAUUUAUCCAGUGCACUCCACGUAUACUUUAAGGAUUGGUUGUAUGCAUCAGGAAGUAUCCGGCAGCUUUACUGCCUCCAAAGUGAUUGAAAUUUGCAAGCAACUUUCUGGAAGAAACAUGGAGUUUCUGGUGUCCAAAUAUUCGUAGUUUCGACACACGCAAGCUCCUCUUGCUAUAUUCCUGUCGGUCUGCAGGCAGCUUAGACAACCAUUUUCGUCGCAGUGUUGAAAUUGUAGUGCAGAAGGCAGUGUGACAACUAACAAUGCUAACUCCCUCCUUUCCUAUUUUUGCCAAGAGGAGUAGUGUAAUAUUCUUUUUAUGUAGUUUGCAUCAUUGGGAAAUCAAUAAGUGUAUUUUCCCAGAACCUGUUGUCUUCAGUGAGAGAUUACUUAUUGCUUUUCUUUUCGAGCUCUGUUUUGUUGUAACUGAUUUAGUUUUUUGUUUUCCAAGUAAAUGAAAUAGAAAUUGUUUUGCUGGGGAUAUUAAA